AUGACCCAGACCCUAACCCGUGAGAGCGCCCUUGGCAGUAGCUGUGUGGUAGCUGUGUCCUAUGCAGAUAGAGGGAGAAGUGAACAGCGAUACAGUGUCUCCACCAUGUCCUGUACUCAGCUCCUGAUCAAAAUCAGGGGACAACUCCAGAUCCACAACCUCCUGAUCCGACAGUGCCUGGCAGAGUUUCUGGGUGUCUUCGUGCUGAUGCUGCUCACCCAAGGGGCUGUAGCUCAAGCUGUUACCAGUGGAGAAACCAGAGGCAACUUCUUUACCAUGUUUCUGGCUGGCUCUCUGGCUGUUACGAUAGCCAUCUACGUGGCUGGCAAUGUCUCAGGAGCCCACCUGAAUCCAGCCUUCUCCCUGGCCAUGUGCCUCCUGGGUCGCUUCCCCUGGGCCAAGCUCCCUAUUUACUGCUUUGUACAGCUGCUGUCUGCUUUCUGUGCCUCAGGAGUCACCUAUCUUCUAUACUAUGAUGCCUUACAGAACUACACAGGUGGGAACCUGACAGUGACUGGCCCCAAAGAGACAGCCUCUAUCUUUGCCACCUAUCCUGCCCCUUAUCUGUCCCUGAACAAUGGCUUCCUGGAUCAGGUUCUAGGUACUGGGAUGCUGAUUUUGGGGCUCUUAGCCAUCCUGGACAGACGGAACAAGGGAGUGCCUGCGGGUCUGGAGCCUGUAGUGGUGGGACUGCUGAUCUUGACCAUUGGACUAUCCAUGGGUGUCAACUGUGGGUUCCCACUCAACCCUGCCCGGGACCUGGGUCCACGGCUCUUCACCUACCUGGCUGGCUGGGGCCCUGAAGUUUUCAGUGCUGGUAAUGGCUGGUGGUGGGUGCCUGUGGUGGCCCCUCUGGUGGGGGCCACCCUUGGCACAGCCACAUACCAACUGAUGGUGGCUCUGCAUCACCCUGAAGAACAGCCAGCUCAAGAUCUCGCGUCUGCUCAGAACAAAGCUUCAGACUCGAAAACUCCUGUCUCAGUUCAGACGCUGGAGUGUAAGCUGUGAUUAUGACAGCCCUCACCUCACUCAUGAACCUAGGACAGCCACGACCCCGUCUGAUUGCAAGCUAGAGAUUCUUUCUCUUUAUCACUACACCAGACCCUAGGAAGCUUAUCUGUUUAUCCACUCUUUCCUUCUAACCUGGGAAGUAUUGCUUAGACGGUAGAGAACUGGAGGGUGAGAUCGGCUCCCCCCUUCUUCUCCAAGCCCGGCUUCUGACCCUCAGGACCUCUAGGAACGCAGUUGCUCAGAGUAGCCGCCAGAGGGUGCGCACACUGGCUGUUGGCUUGUGAAGGCUGCGAAAAUCUGCAAAGUGGCGGGGCUGGCCGACCAUACAGUGGAGGGCUCGACUCUGGGGUCUUCCCUCCAAAGCUUGGUUCCCCACUGCCUGACUUCCAGUUCUUGCAAUCUCAGCGCUUUCUGCCUUUGCCCUUCCAGGGGCGCCUCCUCUACACUCCGCCGCCCGCAGACUGUUAAGAGAUGGGAAAAGCUGCCUCCACCCAGGGGGCGUGGUGGGGGACCUAAAGAGAGGGUGGUGUCCAGCUCGGCGGAGACAGGGAGAACAAGGCGGAGAAACUGAGGCACAACAGCCAGUCCGGGGCUGUAUCAGUCAAGGAGUGGGCGAAAUAUCUUGAGAUGAGCCAGGGCGAGGAAAGAAGGCAGUGGCGUACGGUUCCAGGGGUAGGAGUCCGGGGCUAAGGGGAAACUAGCGCCGAGGAAAAUUCUCCUUCACCGCUUCCCCGGCCAUCACGCCCCUCCUCCCAGAAGAUGCUCUUUGUGCAGGAAGGCAGCGUUUUCUUGUUCCCUUUCUUCCAGAUUAAAACAAAAUCUCAG